AUGUCAUCAAAAACUGGCUUGGCUUGGCUUAGGGAUCAGCUCCGAAGAUGGUCGAAAGAGAGUUUUGGUUCCAUUAAACUUCGAAAACUGGUGACGUUGCAUGACCUAGAGAUGAUUGAUGUCAUCAAAGAGUCUAGUUGUCUUAAUCCUGAGGAAAUUAUCCAGGAGUGCGGCCUUAUGGAGAGUUUAGCGGAAAUCCGAAGACAAGCGGAAGUUUACUGGAAGCAGAGAUCCCGGUUGCAGUGGCUGAAGGAGGGGGCUGAAAUCACGAGGUAUUUUCAUUCAGUGCCAAAUGGGCGGAAGAAUAUAAACUUUAUUCCUUCGAUUUAUGCUGGAACUGGCUCAGUCUCUGAUGUCAGGGACAUUGGUAGAAUCUUCGAACAGAGCUUUAGGGGUCUCUUUGGUCAGCGAAGGAAUUUUCGCUUCAAGGUGGAUCUCGGUAACCUUCUGAGGAACAAAUCCUUUGUGGACUUAUCCUCUCUUGAACGUCCUUUUACUCUGGAGGAAGUGAAAAGAGCGGUUUUUGACUUAGGAAGUGACAAAGCCCCAGGGUCGGACGGCUUUCCUAUGUUUUUCUUCAAGUCCCACUGGGAGAUUGUCAAAGGUGAGAUCAUGCAACUUUGUCAAGACUUCGACUCGGGGACGGCGAACUUAGAGUGA